UGAAUCCCUUACUUUCAAUUAGUACUCAAAAAGUCCGCUUGAGCUUCCGCUGUUUUUGCUCGCAAAGUGAAGUGUAGUCACUGAUAGGUUAAGAAAAUUUUAGUUUUAAGAGCACAUGGUGUGUCAGGUAUUACAUCUCAACUCAGAUGAAUCGAGUUUUUUAUCUCAAAGCAGUAUGAGGGAUUAAAAGAACUUUCUUUUUUUAAAUAGUACGUUAAACAAUCGAAUGAGAAAUGUUUGUGGUUAAUUAGUACAUAAGUACUGUUGACAGUGAAUGAACAGAUUUUUUAUUCAUAGUAUAUUUACAUGAUCGAUUCAGAGAAGGUUCUUAUUUUAAGGCAAUGUUAAUAAUAAAUUGAAAGUAGCGUCGAAAAAGAGAAUUAACCUACAGUGCUCCAACAUCAGAAGUUCAAGUGAAGCAUAGUGACAGUAGUAUAAGGAAAUUCAAGAAGGAAGAGGAAAGAUCAAAUACUGACUGCAAUCGAUUAAAUUUAUUAUUGCACGUUCUUUUUGAUUCCUUCUUUUGCCAAAUUCUAAUUUAACGGAUAAUUAUGUCACUGGACCAGACAGUUUGCGAAGAUCUGAAAGCUUUUGAGAGGCGACUUACCGAAGUUAUUUCUAGUCUGCAACCAGCCACCUUGCGAUGGAGAUUCCUGUUGGGUUCCAUCUCUAUCUGUACCGCUAUCGGUGCUUGGCACUGGCUGACGGAUCCCAACACAUCAGCAGUAUCCUUCACGCAGAGCCUGUAUAACCAUCCAUUCUUCACAAUAUCUAGUAUAAUAUUAUUGAUACUGUUCAUGUUGGGAGUACACAGACGGGUGAUAGCGCCAAGUAUUAUAACUCAGCGAGCUAGGAGCGUGCUCGGUGAUUUCAACAUGAGCUGUGACGAUACCGGGAAGCUGAUCCUAAAGCCCACGAGGCCUCUACAUCCUCACGAAACUUAAGACGUGGCUAUUAUUAAAUAAUUGUAAUUAAACGUUAGUUUCUUUGAACUGUUUGCUAUGUUGCAAACAGUUACAGCUAGUGUGAAUAUGGGAUGUUGAUUUUUUUAUGUGUAAUGAGAAACAGUCUGAGUGAUCACGACGAACAGUUUAGGUUCUACAUCUUUUUUACGUUGUAACAUGUGUAAAUUUCUGUGUAAAUUCCAUUGAAUCAUGAUCAAUUCUUUGCUAUGUCUACAAAACGUCCAAUGUAAGUAGUAUGUAUGAUGCGCAUAUGCAUUCUUCCAUUUGAACAUUAUGGUGUACAUUUCAAUCUGGUAUACCUGUUUUACGGCAGUGACAUUCGAUUAUUUUAUAUUAUCCUGUCAAUGUAUUAUAUCUAGUACUAUUAGCAAAUGAUCAAAGCCAGAUUAGAUUCAUUUAUAAUGAUACACGAAAAGUGACGGUAUAUUGAUUUGUUUUUUUUAUUUGUUCAGUUUAUGUAUAAUAUGUAAUAUAUAUCAAAUGCAUAUCAAUAUAUUUUCAUGUGAUUUACGGUAGAAAAAAAUUACGCUAUUUAAUUUAUUAAAUAACUCCUCGUAGUGAGUGAAGUAGCAUAGUACUUCAAUACUCUUGCCAAACAACCGCUUGCAAAAGAUUGUACUUGAACCGAAGGGAAUUGUAAUUAACUGUUUCGCAGAUCAUGCGACGGGGAAAUUUCGAUUAACAGUUAAAAUGGUGAACCAGAUCGUGUAUCAUAUGUAAUUUGUAUUCUUGUAAAAUGCUCAACACAAAGUAUACUAUUUUCUAAUAAGGAUAAGCAAAUUGAAGAGUAUUUAAGAGAUAAUAAUGAUGAUUGCUAUGAUUCAAGAAGUGGAUUGUUGUAGCAAUUACAUGUAGAAAAUAUCUGUAAAGUUCUUGUAUUUUUUAAAUCAAUUAUUAAAUAAUUUUUAUUUAG